AUGCUGAAAGAUAGGAUUUCGCGUCUGAGUCGGGAUGGGGAUAUGCUCUUCACAAAGGACAAACAAAUCUGUGAACAGUUCAAGCGCAAUGCUUCAAACCUUUUAUCUGAUAUCAAAACGCUGACUUUCACUAUUAAAACGACGAUGAAUUUGAUCCAAAAAAUUAACACACAAAUUGGUAACCUGUACACGGGAAGUGACUCAAUUAUUGCCGACGAACUCAAACAAUUUCUAGCGUCGACGGAGAGUAUGGAAAUCACGUCACUUCCAUUAAUUGAGAAAGAGGUCGACUGUUGUGAGGCGUCACUCAAAGAGUUCACCAAGAAGUCUUCCAAACUAUCGAACGACGAAUUGAAGGCACUUAUAGAGCAAAGAUUUGAUAAUUUAGAUCCUUGCAUUUUACUUUAUAUGAAAACUGUCAUCAACUUCGAAGGUGAGAAGGCAAACUCAUUUAAGAAAAUAUUGUACUACGCCGUUCAAGAUGGGUUAAGUGUACCAAAAGGGCUCAAACUCUUAUCAACAUUUCAGUCCAUUGCAGACAGCCGAGUGGGGAGUUUGUACUUAGAAAAGUAUUUAAAAGAGUCGAACGAAGAACGAUUGAUCCAAUUUUAUCGAGCAGUUUUACUCUAUCGCAACAUCAAAACUGAAAAUGUGAGGAGUUGGGUGUGUCGUGAGAUCUUUGAGGAAUUCAUCAGUGUUGGUUCUGUCAAGGAAAUUCCACUUCAAGAAAACACACGCAACAAAAUUAUAUUGCGAUAUGCACAAGGGUUUUCAAAUGACAUUUUUGAUGAAGCGUGUCGAGCCAUUUUGGACUUAAUGAUGAAGAAGAAUGUCUUUGAGAAUUUCCAAAAGUCGGCGUAUUUUAAACCCUUAAUUAAUCGAAUAACACCACUUGGUGAAAACGUGGAGAACGUCGAUGUGGUGUGUGGUGUAGAGACUUAUGUUCAAGUAGCAAAGAUGUUAAGUCCAUUUAACUUAGUAGAGUAUACGGACAUAUUUGUGAAUAAAGGGUAUACUAUGCCACAAAUUAUGCCACUCGUAACAGACAAAUUCAUACACAAAAUUGCGCGAAAUAAUGUUGACAGAAAACACUUACUUGACUUCUCUAAAUUAGCAAAGGAGACUGAAAUAGAAGCAUCUUCUUUACUCACAAAAGAGGCGAUAACUAAAGUCCAAACCAUCAGCGACGACUUUGUGAAAUUCAUUGAAGAAACAUUUAAUAAUUUGCGACAAACCCUCGAUUUUCUGAAUUACACGAAAACAGUGCCAAAGGACGAAUUGUCUGUUGCUCAAAUUCAAGAGAAAAGCGAAAACGCGUUUUUAGAGUUAAAUGCAAAGCACCAUGUUGCGUAUCGAAUGUUAAAGAAGUGUGGAAAUCUUCAAGAACUUGAACCACUUCUUCCUCAGAUCGUUGAGGCUUUACUCUGUCUAAUGAUCGAUGAGCAUCUUGGGGAUUAUAAUGCAUCAAAUCAUUGGAAAACACAAAUCAAAAUGCCACAGCGGUCAGUUCUACGAGUCAAUCGACUUGUCCAAAAAGGGCAGAAACAGUUGUCUAAAGACGACGAAAAUAUACAACCGAAGAAACAAUUGAAUGAGAGAAACGAUCAAAUUGAAGACGAAGAAGAAGAUAUUAUGGACAAAUUGAAGAUGAUUGGAACAUUCAGAAAAGCAACUGAAAAAGAUCUUAGACUGUCGUUGCAAAGUCAUUUGGAUGAGAAAGUCACUCAAUCAGAAAAACUCGAGACGAAAUUGAGUCAAACUAUUCUGACGAUUAAAUCGACUAUAUUACCUAAGAUCUCGAACAUGAAACAGCAGCUGAUGAAUCUCAAUCGGGAAAAAGACUACAUUGAUAUCGAAAAGGAUUUGAUCCUUCUGAAUAAAUUUGUCGAAUUGGUCGGUGAGAAAAUCGCAACACCGAACCUCAUUAAAAACAAUAAGUUCGACGUCAAGGCAAAUGACUCGACUUUGAGGAAAAAAGUGAACGAAGCACUCAACGAACUCGAGUCCGUCCAAAUCUCGUCAGACGCCAUUUUAGAGGAAUUAACUAACUUGCUUGUGCAAGUGCGAACAACUAAUACCACUGCAGUGAAGUACCAGAAUCUUGUGACGAAGUUAGCUAAUGUAUUGUGA